UAUUCCUCGUAAACCCACUGUCCGGUGGUUUAAACUUUUGGCAGAUCCCAUUUCUUCUGAGAUGUGACGAUAAGUCAGAAUUGCUGGAAAACGUUCCAAAGGAGGAACAGAUAGAGAGUGGCGUUACGGGCAGGGCGAUAGUCCACAUCAAACCAGAUUACAUUUCCGGGCAUGUAUACAUUUUGGGCACAGGUGUUCCCACUGAGAAUAGACCCACCAUAACCGUCUUUCCAUCCAAGUGUUUUUAUUCAAAUUUUGUCUUUUCGAAUAAAGCUGGAUGGAAAUGACGUAUGUAGACUGAAGUCAACAAAAUUUGCGUAAAAGUUUGUACACUCCCUCGAGGUGCGUAAAUGUUUUAUUUGAUUAGAAAAAAAUGCGAAUAGAUUUUAAUCACAUGAUAAUAUUUCUUGAUCUUAACCGCCCCGUCUUUCUCAUGGAUGUCAAAGUGUGGACAUAAGACGUAGGCCUACAUUCAGGGUUUUUAUUCGUUUAAACAGAUUUAACGGAAAUGCAUCUUAAUUCGCAUGAAUUACUUUGCGACGUUUAAUUACUUAGUUAUACUUAAAUUAAUUAAAUAAAUGGUUUAAUCAUAUUUUGCGAAUGCAACAUUUAAUUAUUCAACUCGAAAUUUAUCUGAAAUUUUGAUGGAAUCAUAACCGGCGUCUAUUUACCCACUGACCUAGAGAAGGACUGGAUCCCAAAUCUCUGAUGUUGUUAGCGUAGUGCUCAUGUUCCCCUAUGUUUUGUCUAUAAGCUGCUUUGAUGUUAACUCUUGUGUCAGUAUUAUCCUGACCACAGAGAUGGCACAUAUGACGAGUCACGGGAAGCUCCUCCUGCAGCGACUGCAUCAGCAGCGAGAGAUGGACUUCCUGUGUGACAUCACCAUCGCUGUGAAAGACGUGGAGUUCCGGGCCCAUCGCAACAUCCUGGCCGCGUUCAGCAUGUACUUCUCCUCCCAGGCCAGUGAAGGUCAGGAGGUCAUGGUGCUGGACCAAGAUAAAGUCAGCUGGUACGCACUGGAGAAGCUGCUGGAGUUUGUCUACACAGGACAGAUGAGUCUCAGCAGUAACGGGCUAGCUUCGGUGAAUAACGCGGCGGUCUUCCUGGGAAUGCCUGAGGCCACGCAGUACCUGAAGGACAACCCCAACUGGGCGGACCCGAACGCUGUAUCCCAAACGGAGGCAACAGUGGAGUCUGCCCUCACCUGCCCUUCUACCGCCGCCGAGCCCAGGCCUUCCUCUCCUGUGGCACCUGAUACCCCAGCGGAGUUUGAGCCCCUCUCUGUUUCCGAGUACAGUGAGGAGAAGGACACUGGCGGGGGAGGUGGAGAGCAGCAGGAGGAGGAGAGUGAUGGCAAGAAGAGAGAGGGACAGGAGGAGGAAGCGGAGAAGGAUGAAGAGACAGUGGUGGAGGACAAAAGCGAUGAAGAUUACACCCCGCCAACCCCCCGAAGCACACAGAGAGGACAGGGCAGGAAGAGGGGCAGGAAGCCCAAGAUGAUGAGUGCAGACCGAGCUAUAUCCACCACCAGCAGCGGAGACGCUGAAGCCCCGCCCCUCGCUCACAGAGGCCGAGGCAGGGGGAGGGGGAGGAGGGGGAGAGGUAGAGGUAUCGGCAGAAGUAAAGAGCGCCCCUCAGGAGAGUUGUCUGACGCUGGCAUGAAGGAGGAUGGUGACAUGUCCCCAGGGGGAACUGCAGCCAAGAGGGCGCGGCGGGGUAGCAGAGGGGGCAAGAGAGGCAGAGGGAGUGUAAGAGGACGAGGUAGAAGAAGGGAUCUCCAUUCAGGCAGCUCAGAAGAAGAAGAAAAGGAAGAGGAUAAUAGGGUGAAGAAUUCAGAGGGGGAGGGAGGGAACGAGAUGGAGGGAAUGUACAAGGUGGAGGACAAGGAUGGGGACUGGGUCCCGGAUGAGGAGAAGAAACCACUUGAGAGAGUCAAGAAAACGACGGUGUGCAGCGAGUGCAACAAGGUUUUCACUGAGGCCAGUAGCUUACGCAGACACAUGAAGAUCCACCGGGGACUGAAGCCAUUCAAAUGCAUAUUCUGCUCCAAAACCUUCAGACAGGGAACCCAGCUGAAAACUCACCUGCGCAUACACACAGGAGAGAAACCUUUUUCUUGCACCCACUGCGAGAAGUGUUUUGCCCAGAAGUGCCAGUUGGUAGCUCACUGCAGAAUGUACCACGGGGAGGAGAAACCCUAUACUUGUGAGCGCUGUGGCCUCAAGUUUGCUACGUCGUCCAACUAUAAAAUACACAUUAGACUGCACAGCGGGGAGAAACCGUACGUCUGUGACGUCUGCGGUCAGGCCUUUGCACAGUCCAGCACGCUGACCUAUCACAAGCGACGACACACUGGAGAGAAACCCUACCAGUGUGACACAUGCGGCAUGUCCUUCUCCGUGUCCUCCUCGCUCAUCACACACGCACGCAAACACACAGGAGAGACUCCGUACAAGUGCCCGCAUUGUGAGACGAGUUUUGCUACGUCUUCAGAGAUGAAGAAACAUAUACGCAGGCUCCAUCCUGAGGGUAACCCGGGUGUGCAGUGCCUGCUGUGUGGUAACCGGUUUGCCAGUGUGAGGAACAUGAUAAAGCAUCAGGAGAAGGCGCAUGCCGAUGAGGUGCGACAUCACAAGGAGAGAGCCCGUGCUGUAUUCCUUCUGGCUUCGACCCAUCCUGUGGCCAUCGUCCAGAGCAAACUCGCCCAAGGCAGCAGUAAAAGCCCGGUCUCCGUCUCUGACAUGGAGCCACACAACCCGGAGCCAGCCACCCCAGACCCCAAAGUCAUGGUGACUACCACAAUCCCCAUCCACAACCUCAAGACAGAGCCCUCUGACCCCGCCAUCACCAGCCCUGAGGCAGUCAACUUUGAACCUGACUCGGAGCCGACCAUCAGCUCCGACACCCUGCACGCACUGGUGGAGCAGCUGCGACCAACCUCCCCGGCCCAGGGUCUGCAGCAGAUUGUCAUCAUCCGGACCCUGGAUAACGGGGAGCCCAGUCCCUCUCAGUCAUGAUUCUGGAAGCUCCACCCCCCACCCCCUCCCGGCCGCAGCGUUCCAUUCAGGAGAACGUUUUCACAUUUUGGCCUGUUCGCUCCCUCUAUCAUUCAGAAAUAUUCAGCUUCUAUCAUGAACUGACUCGCCCAUGGCUGCGAUCAUAUGAUACAAUUUCCUUUGAUUUAUAAUAAUUAUAGAGAACUGGCAUAUUGGUGAGACAUUACUGAAACAUUUCCAAGAUUCUGUAGCAGAAAGUGCAAUAAAUGCCAAUAUACAGUGACAAAAAGUUUGGUUUAUUAACUUUGUCCCAAAAUCACAAUUAUUAAAGUAAAUCGUUAUGACAUCUAGCACAUUAAUUGGGAUUUGUCAUUUUAGCUGUAGUCAUGUUGCUCCUCAUGCCCAGGAGACCUCCGUCAUCACUGACACUACAGGUUUUGCCCACAUAAUUGUUAGCAGUUUGUUUUGUCACUAUGGCCCAGGACACAGAACCAAAUACUUACUACUGCUCUGCUGUGUUUAUGGAAGUAUAAUUUUAGACGUGGAUUUCAAAACAAAAUUGAGUUAUGGGGAUGGUUGGUCCCUAGAGAUGCUUUUAUGGUUCAUGAAUAUUUUCUAGGAGUGUUUAUAUUGAAAACUUGAGUGUUUUGUUAGAGUGUAAUAUAGCCUUGUCUGAAACUCUGGUUAGAAAUAAGAGAAACUGCUUUUUCAUAAUGUGAAAUUUCUGAUUCAAUGGGUUGAGGGAUGGGCAGAUACGCAGCCUGGUGGUCGAGGACAAGGUCGCACCUUUCAGCCCAUUGACUUCUACCAAGUCCAGCGACAGCCAUGUUCUGUCAGGGACGCUGAACUCAAAGCAAAACCAGUCGCUGUAUGUUGAUCUGGAGGGUGAGCUAAAUGGAUCAAUAAGGGUCUUGUAAUUUGCAAGGGAACGACUAUUUCCUCGACUGGCCAAAGCAGUUAGUGCAUUCCAAAGUUGACCAACUACUCUCACCAUUUAUUUGGUUUAAUAUGAAUGUUGGAUGAGAAAAUGAGUUCUAAAUGGCUAUGUCAGAGGUCGGCAAAGAACCGUUUAACCUUAAUUUGAUGAUGCUGUUUUCAGUAGCCUAAGCGAUGGUGCCCAGUUGUGGGCAUUCUUGGUCCCCAGUUGUAGGCAUCCUUGGUGCCCAGUUGUGGGCAUUCUUGAACAUUGUUUGUCUGUUAAAUCUGUAAAUGCUUGAAAUGAGAUGGUGAUUUUUUUGUCGACUGACACGUUAUCCAUGUUAAAAACGCAUAUCAGGCUUUCCUUGAAAUGGCAAGUAAAAAAAAAACCUGUUUUAAUCAGCUGUUUAAGCUGUCUUUUU